CAUGACCUCCGUCGGUGCCACCCAGCUCACCUCAUCGUCAGGCGGAGAGACCGCAGCAUCGUUCUCCUCCGGCGGCUUCUCCAACUACUUCGGCACGCCGUCAUAUCAGACCGCUGCUGUCUCGUCCUACCUCUCCUCCAUUAGCUCGACGAACAGCGGCCUGUUCAACGCCUCGGGACGUGCGUUCCCGGAUGUCGCAGCGAUCGGGGUGAACGUCGAGAUCGUCGUGAACGGCCAGGCCGAGACGGUGGACGGCACGAGCUGUGCAAGCCCCAUCUUCGCGAGCACGAUCGCGCUUAUCCAUCAGUAAAACUACA